GCGACGACAGCAGCGCUUCCGCCGCAGCUGCGCUCAUUUCCUUCGCGCGCACGUCGUGGUCAGCAGUUUUCCCGGAUAUUAGCCAAUUUAUACCGGUGAUUUAAUAUAUUUCAUAUACGCAGGGAAUAAAAAUGCCGCCGCGUGAAACCAUGCGCGAGGAGGUGACCAUCACCCAGCGCCGGAAGGCCUCAAACUCCCGAUGCUGAUCCUGGCCGUCGUGCUGAUCGGCUCGCUGGCCGCCAUGAUCGCCCUGGCCGUCCUCUACUCCCAAGCGGAGACCGACAUCGCCGAGAAGGACAAACUCAUCGCCAACCUGACCGCCACCCGCCCACCGGUAGCCCCCACCGAGGCCCCGACCACCGGCCUCCCGCCCCUCCCGCCCACCUACCGCCUGCCGCGCUCCGUCCUCCCCGAGCGCUACGAACUGCACCUGACGGUCGACAUCCCCUUCAGCGACGCCGACAUCGUCAACGGCAGCUCCUUCACCACCCGGGGGCGGGUGGUCAUGACGCUGACCGCCCGGGAGGCCGUCAACGAGAUCGUCUUCCACGCCAGCCGCGAUCGCUUCAGCGGGCGCAUCAACUUCACCGAACCGGACGUCCAGCUGGAGAAACGGGAGACCAACGGGACGCUGACCAACGUCACCUUCGCCGGGCUGCGUUUCGAGAGCAACGCGGAACUGGCGCGGGUGAUCGUCGCCGGCGCGUUGGAGGUCAACGCGACGUACCUCCUGACCAUCGCCUUCACCGGCAACGUCGCCACCGAGGACAACCAGGGACUGUACCGCAGUUCGUACCGGACGGCGGACGGCACCCGGCGGUGGUUGGCGGCCAGCCAGUUCCAGCCGUACAAGGCGCGCCGGAUGUUCCCGUGCUUCGACGAGCCCGGUUUCCGGUCGGUGAUCAAGACGACGCUGCAGUAUGAUAAGCGGUUCACCAUGACGCGCAGCAACGGCCAGGGCACCGUCGUGGGGGAGGUCAAGGAGGGCGACCGCACCUGGGAGACCAUGACCUUUACGGAGACGCCCCGGAUGCCGGUGUACCUGAUGGCGUUCCUGAUCAGUGACUUCGGGAUGGUGUCGGCGACUGCCACCACCGGGGAGCACAGCGGGACGGUGACGGUUAUCGCGCAGGAGGCCCUCCUGGGCGAGGCCAUGGGAAAACAGGGCGAUUUCGGGCUGCAGCAGGCCAAGAUCAUGAUCGAGAAUUUGAGCCAUAACUUCAGCCAGCCAUACUUCAGUCUUCUGCCCAAAUUAGACAACACAGCAAUUCCUGACUUCGACGCCGGCGCCAUGGAAAACUACGGCCUGGUGCAUUACCGCGAAUCGCGUCUUCUCUACCGACCGCAAGUAAACAGCGCUGACGAGAAGCGCAGCAUCUCCGCCAUCGUCGGCCACGAGCUGGCGCACAUGAUGUUCGGCAACCUGGUGACCUGCGACUGGUGGUCCGACACCUGGCUCAACGAGGGCUUCGCGCGCUUCUUCCAGCACGAACUGAUGUACGACGCCAAACCCGAAUGGGACCUGGAGCCCCUCUUCCCAUUCUGGGUGACCCGCGUGGCCUUCGAAUCGGACUCUCUGGAGACCGCCCACCCCCUGUCCAACAACGACACCAACACCCUGUCGCAGAUCAGCAACAUGUUCGACACCAUCACCUACUCCAAGGGCGCCUCCAUCCUCAACAUGGUCAUGGGCUUAAUGGGCCGGCAGCGUUUCUACGCCGCAUUGACCCGCUACUUGGCCAACCACAAACUCGGCAACGUCGUGCCCGAUGACCUUUUGCGCCAGUUCACCGCCGAGAUGCAAGCCGAGGGCAUCGACUUCGCCACGCGGCUGGAUUCCUGGAUCUACAAGAGCGGCUACCCGGUGCUGCAGCUGAGCGUCAACAAAGAGACGGGAGCGGUGACCUACCGGCAGCAGCGCUUUCUCUUCAAACGCCACAUCUUCAACGAGAGCGACACGGUGAGCAAUCUGGUCAACAUCCUGAACGACACCAGCAUCGCGCCGGAACUGGAUCAUUUAUGGCACAUCCCGCUGACCACCCAACGGCCGGGAAAGACGGCACAAGAGGGAAUGGCCAAGGUCUGCUGGAUUACGCAGCGUGAAGGAAAUUUGGCCAAUGCCUGUACCGGCGCCCAGGCGCUAGAGCUACCACCCGCGGGGGGCGCGGUGGCCAACACGGACUGGCUGCUGGCUAACGUGCACCAGCAUGGCUUUUACCGGGUCAAUUACGAUUGGGACACGUGGCAUCGAAUUUUCCAACAACUGGAGACAAACCAUUUGUUGAUCGAGGAGACCAACCGCGGCCAGAUUAUUGACGACGCCUUCAAUCUAGCUCGAUCAGGACAGUUUGGCGUGGAUUACGGCGUGGCGCUGCACUCCACCCGUUGGGUGGCCAACGAGAGGCGCUACAGCCCGCUGGCGUCGGCGUUCGCCGGGCUGAAUUUCCUGCAGCGCAUGCUGCGUCUGACCAGCUUUUAUGGCGACAUGAAGGAGUAUGUGCAGAGCCUCCUCCUGUCCGGCACAGAGCCGCUGUACAACGCUGCGGACUGGACCGACGCCUGGGUGGACGAGACCAGCGAGGACUACAACGAGGUGAUGCGCCGCCGGCUCAUCCUGGACAACGCCUGCCGCUACGAUCUUAAGCAGUGUCUGGAUGACGCCUACACCAAAUUUGAGGCGUGGUUGGGCAACGGCACGGUGGAAAGCUUCUCCCAGCUUCCGAGCGGCGAAAGCAUCGUCAACACCAAGAAUCCCCUUAUGUGCUAUGGAUUACGUCAGAGCAACGCCGAAGCCUGGGAUAAGAUGCUGGAACUGUAUAAGAACACCCGUCUGCCCAUGGUCACGCGGCUGGCGGUGCUGCGGGCGCUGGCCUGUUCCCUGCAAGCGGACCUCCUCAUCCGGUUGUUGGAUCUGACCCUCGGACAAGGCAGCAUCAUCGCCCACGCCGACGUCAGCUCCGUCUUCGCCUGGGUGGCCGAGUCCUCGCCCAUCGGGGAGUCCGUGGCCUGGGAGUUUGUCCAGAACAACUGGAUGCAGCUGCGCGGCAGUAAAACCGGCAUCCUCAGCAACGUGGCCAGCUACUUCCGGACACCGGCCCGCCACUUCCAGUUGCGGAACUUAUGGAGCCUGGUCGGACCCAGUUCGUCGGACGAGGUACCCACCUUCCGGCGCUUACUGGCCCAGACGGAGGCCAACAUCGGCUGGUAUGCGCAGAACUACCAGACCAUACGCACAUACUUCCAGCAGGAGACUGCGGAGCACGCCGGCGUCCACUAAACACCAGCGUGACCUUUGCAUUUAUUCUUUAUAUAUUACAGUGUGACCUUUACACUUAUUCCUUAUAUAUUCACCGGCAUUUGUACAAACUGCGAAGUUGCGAACAAAAUAUUAAUAAACAGAAUAAAAUCACCAUUAAAUCACCGGGAACCG